AUGGUUUCGCUGGAGGAAUCACGGUCGAAUUCCAGCCGUUUCCCCUUGGCCAGGAGUUACCAGUACCACUCCUCGGUUUCGUCCAAAGCGCAGCGUCACAUCGGAAGGUCCAUGCGAACGAUACGCUCCAGUUUUUUCCAAGAUGACAGCAGCAGCUGCUCCUUUACUGAGAAAUCUACAUGUCUGUCGGAGAACCUCACCGACUCCGUCGUCGACCUCCACCUCGGCGAACUCGCGUCGCGGAAUAAUAAAUCUGUCCAAUCCUCUCCCGCGGAGGAGGACCUCCUCGACCUCUCCCAGGCCUUCAGCGACUUCUCUGCCUGCAGCAGUGACAUCUCCGGCGAGCUACAGCGCCUCGCGACUCUCCCGUCGCCCGAAUGCGCGCAGAAGAGCGAUACUUCCGGCGAGGUGGAGCCGGAGCUGGAGCCCUGCAUGGGGUUCCUGCAGCGGGAGAGCUUCUCUACGGAAAUUAUCGAGAGCAUUUCGCCGGAGGAUCUCCAGCCGACCGUGAAGAUUUGCAUAGACGGUCUCCAGUCGCAGUCGCUGGCAGUGAAGCGCUCCGCCGCGGCGAAACUCCGACUGCUAGCGAAGAACCGCGCCGACAACCGCGUCCUGAUCGCCGAGUCCGGCGCGGUGCCGGUCCUCGUUCCACUUCUCCGGUGCAGCGAUCCAUGGACGCAGGAACACGCAGUCACCGCGCUAUUAAACCUCUCUCUCCACGAGGACAAUAAAAUGCUGAUAACCAAUGCCGGAGCAGUGAAGUCGCUGAUUUAUGUGCUGAAGACGGGAACGGAAACUUCGAAGCAGAACGCGGCAUGCGCGCUUCUAAGCCUUGCCCUGGUGGAAGAGAACAAGAGCUCGAUCGGGGCUUCCGGAGCGAUACCGCCUUUGGUUUCGCUUCUUCUGAAUGGUUCGAGCAGAGGGAAGAAGGACGCGCUGACAACGCUGUAUAAGUUGUGUUCUGUCAGGCAGAACAAGGAGAGGGCAGUGAGCGCGGGUGCGGUGAAGCCGCUGGUGGAGCUGGUGGCUGAGCAGGGGAGCGGCAUGGCGGAGAAGGCCAUGGUUGUGCUCAACAGCUUGGCGGGGAUUCAGGAAGGGAAGGACGCGAUUGUGGAAGAAGGUGGGAUCGCUGCUCUUGUGGAGGCCAUUGAGGAUGGGUCUGUGAAGGGGAAGGAGUUCGCAGUCCUGACCCUUCUUCAGCUCUGUGUUGACAGUGUCAGAAACAGAGGGUUUCUUGUUAGAGAGGGUGGGAUUCCUCCUCUCGUUGCCCUUUCUCAAACUGGGAGUGUUCGGGCUAAGCACAAGGCCGAAACGCUUCUUCGAUAUUUGAGGGAAUCAAGACAAGAGGCCUCUACUUCGAGUUCUUAG